GCUCAGUGUAAACGCGAAGUAAGUGGUCAGUGGUCAAUUACAUACAAAUGAUAACGUCAUGAUCUUCAACUAUUUUAUAUUGGCUUGCGGGCUAACUGCCGUAUCAGCUGGUGGUCUCCAGGCAUUGUUCCCGCAGCUGAACCGCCAGUAUGCCUUCACGGUGAAGACCAACUCAUCAUCAGGUAUCCUCGCACCAAGAGAGGGCAAUUCCUUCUGGACGUUGGAGGGUAGAUUGCUGGUUACUGUUUACGACAAUUAUACUAAGGCGAGAUUCAAAUUGGAAGACUUAAAGACUACCUACCAGUCAGAAGAAGCAGCCAGUUUUCUCAAGCUAUCAUGGGAAACCGAUUAUCAGGCGAAUGGUUUGCUCAGCGCCAUGUACGUGAGUCAAGAACCGGUGUGGGCAACGAAUAUGAAACGAGCUUUGUCAAUUAACUUCCAGUUAAAGAAGGGAUCCGGAACGUAUGGUAAUUAUGAGCCCUGCUUAUACGAAAACUGUCUGAUGGUAUACACAGUGGUAGGAGACAAUAUAAAGAAGUAUUGCAGCGUGAAGGUCUCUUCACCAAGAACUGAACACAGCUGGAGCUCUGUACCCUGGACUCAAGAUUAUGAUGACAGGAAUGUUCCAGAGAUGGUAUCCACGUCAGAACGUGUAUACACAUUAGACCAGAAAGGACUUAUCAGUAUGGACAUGAAAGGGAUGUUUCAAUACAAGAUACACGAUCACAUAUUAUACGUAGCAUCAGAGCUAUCACUCUACUACGACGCUGAAGUUCCUAUACAAAGUCUAGGGAAGUUGGAACUGAUCAGAAGAGGUGUUCAGUAUGACGCUGGAGAUUAUAGGAAUCCAUCAAACUUUAUAAAAACUGUCACACAAGAUGAGUUGAAGAAUAAAACAUGCGAAAUACUUUUGAAUAUCGCUAAGAAAGGAAUCGACGCUGACAACAUAGUGAAAAACGAAGGCCUAAUUCAUACAAUGGAUUUUGUAGAUUUACUAAAUACUCUGUCGCGUUUAACGUACGAUUCCUUCAAAUCUCUAUUCGACGAACUAAUUCUUGGCACCAGCUACGAUCUAGAGACGGCGAGGAACAUCUUCUUGGAAGUCCUGCCUCAUUCUAGAAGUGACGCGUGCGCUCGCUUCAUCAGAUACUUGGUGAUAGAACAGAAAGACAAGAUAGAAGACUUAGCUCUUCUUUCCUUACUUCGUAAACUACCUUACAACGUAGCGGAUUAUAGUCAAAAUCUUCUAGAAGAAUUGGAAGUCUUCACUAGACUCGGUCUUGACUUCCCUCCAUCCAUACGACACGCUGGUAUUCUGUCAUUCGCGACUCUCGCUUCAAAGACGAUGGACGCGUCGUUAGUUAAACACGAUUACUACGAUAAUGUCGUUAUAAAAUUCUUCAGAAUGUAUAGUGAUUGCCCACAAUAUUUAGACCGUAUGGUCUGGCUUCAAGGUCUCUGUACACUAGGACAUACAGCAUGCUCGUACAUCAGGACUAUACAUGGCGAUAUCAAAAGGAACAGACACGAAAGACUCUGGGCCUCUUUAGCUUGUGGGUCUGGGGCUAAAGGAUAUUUGGUUCUAGAAACAGCUCUCCCGAUCCUCACAAAUGACAAGGAGCAUAUCCAAUUGAGAGUUGCCGCAGUACAUUCACUUCUUAGCACUGAUAUUAGUGCCAGUGAUUUCCUCUUCAUCCAUAAUUAUAUUAAGGAUUGUAGUAAUGAUCAACUUAAAAGGUUCUGGUACUCCACUAUCAAGACCAUAGAGAAGAACAAGUUCUUCCAUGGAUAUAAGUCUGUAUCUCUAUACGUCCCAUUCAUCAGUAGCCAAGUAACAAACCCAGGGUCUACAUAUUGGUCUACCAAUAACUUGCUGUUCACUGUUGGUGAUGAUGAAGACACAGCAUCAGUGCAUUUCUUCAGUGUGGGGGAGGCUGAUGGACCGAUGCCCGCUAUGGGGGGGAUAAAACUGUCUACUGGGGGGAGAAGACCUUAUCAACCAUCGAUAUAUUUCGUCGGCGAAGGGCUGUCUUGGUUAAUGUUAAAGAAACUCUUGCAAUCAAGAAAUAUCAACCAGGGAACCUUGAUCUCUAUGUUGGAGAAGUUGAAAGCUUGGAAAUUGAAAACUCCAGAACCGGUUCAUAUAGACAUAGUUGUGAAGAUCGGAGACAAAACUGUGUACGCGAUGCACAUCGACCAAUCGGAUUUAGAAGAUACUUACAAUGAUAAAAUAUUCAAAUUUAUCGAUGACGUACUAAAGUUUGGCAGCCAUAUCAACCAGCAGUUAGUCUACUAUCCGUUUCAAAUGGACUGGAACAUAGCCAGCGAGUUGGGUACCCCUGUAAGGCUCCAAAGGACAAUCGUAGGGUUCUCAUCAAUACGAGGCAAUCUUACUGCUCAUCCAGAAACACAAGGCCUCACUUGGGACAACGAUCUGCAGAUCACGUACCAAGGUACGGCGGUUACGUCACUAUGCACGGAUGGACCGAUCCUCCUCUCGGAGCAUACAACCAGGAUCCAACAGUCUAUCGUCGCACUCCUGCCAAUGCAGUUCAACGUCUCUCUACCUUUAAAUGUGAAGAAGAUUGAAUUAACCCUUUUGUUCCCGUUCACACAGCGCGCGGGACUCGCCUUGCAUUCUCGUGUUAUGGUGAAUAUGGUCACUAACGAUGGAAGCUUCGAGAAUAUUGUCAUCACUGGGAAGGAUACUUGUGAGACGGAGCACAUAGACGGCAUUAGUGACGUCACGCCGUUAUCCGGCGCUGAGAAUACUGACAAACUUAUGACACACGUGUUUGACCUUCUAUCUCCACUCAAGUCAUCUCAUAUCGCAUUAGAGAGCAUUCUCCUUCUCAACUUCCCGCCAUCAGGCACAUGCGGCGCCACCAUCUUCGUCUCAAGUCUCAAGAACUACGGAGAAGGAAAAGUGACAUUAGAAUUCGGUGUUAACAAAUGGAACUUCUUAAGUGAAGAAGAUAAAAUCGAUAUGGAUUUAAGCUUCGCGAUUAGUUUCUACAUUUUGAACCAGAACCGUGAAGAGCCAGUCAUUAAGGUGUACUCGGAGACCAGUAUUAGCAGUCAGGAUGGCAACUUGACAGCGGAAGUCGCGAUCAGAGGGAAACUGCCCGACACUUUCCAUAAUAUCAGUGAUAGAUAUGUCAGACUCUGUUAUCUCCAAGAGGUGUCAACUCAGCCAGCAGCAGACCGAGAUCUGUAUUCCUAUCCAUCUUCAUAUUUAGGACAGAUCAUACUGUUGUUGGAUUUCUCCAAAGAAUACAGAAGUUGUCACGAAAGUGCGGAGAACAAAUUGAAGAUACAUUACAAAGGAACUCCGAAGAAUACAUCUGGAGUGUUGGAGAGACAUGUUGAUUUCCAAAUAGAAGGGAAACAAGGCAUAGAUAUAUUACGUCACGUAUUACCUAAAUGGGUUUUAGAGACGUCAAGGGAUUUAUUCAGCGGCACUUAUGAUAAGGAUUCGAUUAAAGCUGAAGCAGAAAUGAAGGAGAAGAAUGGUAUGAUCCAUGUAAAGAGUAAAUUAAGUGAGGUUAUGUUAAAACCUGACAAUCUGGAGUGGUUACUUGACAGCUUCACGAUAAUGCAAAUGAUGACGAAGUAUGGAUUCUACCGUGAAUGUCGUAUAGAAGAGUCGACAGUUGUAACGUUGUAUGGUGCCACAGAGCAGUUAUCUCCAGUACAGAGUGAUGCAAUAGUUUUGGCGGAUUGUUCACAUUUUUCUAGCUUUGCCGUUCUCCGUGACCAAAAUGGCGCUAUCAAAGUGUACACUGGUUUGAAUAACAUCACAGUUAGCAGCGGUUCAGUUAAUGUGACAAAUGAACCUAACUUUUGGGUACGCAGUAUAGGUGAUGUUGUUAAGAUUUCUUCACUCAUCACCGGUGUUACAGUCUACGUGAGAUAUCCGGAAACCGUCAUACUUGUACCCUAUUCGUAUAUGAACACGCUUUGCGGAGAAUGUAUAGGCAGGAGUAGGAAACUUGAUCACCUGUAAUCUUGUAAAACAAAUUUGGCUCUCAAAGGGUUUAUUCUAACCCUUUCAAAGGAGUUUUUAUAGCAAAUGUACUAAGGUUUUUAGUAGACAUGUUUUUAAUUUGAAAUAAACUAUUUCAGUACUUUUUUUUAAUAAUUAGUCAAACUGGACACUAUCAAGUUAAAUGCUUUAAUAAAGAUUUUUUAUUGUAAUUUUGAUUGAUUUUUUUCGUAUAUUUUUCAUAACGAGAUCCGUUUUCUGG